AUGAGAAAAUUUGCAUACUGCAAGGUGGUCCUAGCCACCUCCUUGAUUUGGGUACUCUUGGAUAUGUUCCUGCUGCUUUACUUCAGUGAAUGCAACAAAUGUGAUGAGAAAAAAGAGCGAGGACUUCCUGCUGGGGAUGUUCUAGAGCCAGUACAAAAGCCUCAUGAAGGUCCUGGAGAAAUGGGGAAACCAGUCGUCAUUCCUAAAGAGGAUCAAGAAAAGAUGAAAGAGAUGUUUAAAAUCAACCAGUUCAAUUUAAUGGCAAGUGAGAUGAUUGCACUCAACAGAUCUUUACCAGAUGUUAGGUUAGAAGGGUGUAAAACAAAGGUGUAUCCAGAUAACCUUCCUACAACCAGUGUGGUGAUUGUUUUCCACAAUGAGGCUUGGAGCACACUUCUGCGAACUGUCCACAGCGUCAUUAAUCGCUCACCAAGACACAUGCUAGAAGAAAUUGUUCUAGUAGAUGAUGCCAGUGAAAGAGACUUUUUAAAAAGACCUCUAGAGAGUUACGUGAAAAAAUUAAAAGUACCCGUUCACGUCAUUCGAAUGGAGCAGCGUUCUGGAUUGAUCAGAGCUAGGUUAAAAGGCGCUGCUGUGUCUAAAGGCCAAGUGAUCACCUUUUUAGACGCGCACUGUGAGUGCACAGUGGGGUGGCUGGAGCCUCUCUUAGCCAGGAUCAAACACGACAGGAAGACAGUGGUCUGUCCCAUCAUAGAUGUGAUCAGUGAUGACACUUUCGAGUACAUGGCAGGUUCUGACAUGACCUACGGCGGGUUCAACUGGAAGCUCAACUUUCGCUGGUAUCCUGUUCCCCAAAGAGAAAUGGACCGAAGGAAAGGUGAUCGGACUCUUCCUGUGAGAACACCUACAAUGGCAGGAGGCCUUUUUUCAAUAGACAGAGAUUACUUUCAGGAAAUUGGAACAUAUGAUGCUGGAAUGGAUAUUUGGGGAGGAGAAAACCUAGAAAUUUCCUUUAGGAUUUGGCAGUGUGGAGGAACUUUGGAGAUUGUUACUUGCUCACAUGUUGGACAUGUGUUUCGGAAAGCUACACCCUACACGUUUCCAGGAGGCACAGGGCAGAUUAUCAAUAAAAAUAACAGACGACUUGCAGAAGUAUGGAUGGAUGAAUUCAAGAAUUUCUUCUAUAUAAUUUCUCCAGGUGUUACAAAGGUAGAUUAUGGAGAUAUAUCAUCAAGACUUGGUCUAAGGCACAAACUCCAAUGCAGACCAUUCUCUUGGUACCUAGAGAAUAUUUAUCCUGAUUCUCAGAUUCCACGUCACUAUUUCUCUUUGGGAGAGAUACGAAAUGUGGAAACAAAUCAGUGUCUAGAUAACAUGGCUAGAAAAGAGAAUGAAAAAGUUGGAAUUUUUAACUGUCACGGUAUGGGAGGUAAUCAGGUUUUCUCUUACACUGCCAACAAAGAAAUUAGAACAGAUGACCUUUGCUUGGAUGUCUCCAAACUUAAUGGCCCAGUCACAAUGCUCAAAUGCCACCACCUAAAAGGCAACCAGCUUUGGGAGUAUGACCCGGUGAAAUUGACCCUGCAGCAUGUGAACAGUAACCAGUGCCUGGAUAAAGCCACAGACGAGGACAGCCAGGUGCCCAGCAUCAGAGACUGCAAUGGAAGCCGAUCCCAGCAGUGGCUUCUUCGAAACGUCACCCUUCCAGAAAUAUUCUGAGACCAAAUUUACACAAAAAAAGGAAAACGUAAGGACUGACUGGGCUACCUCAGCAUACAUUUCUGCCACAUUCUUAAGUAGCAAAAAAAGGAAAAGUGCUUUCCUUCUGCAGGAUGUAAGGUUUAUCAGCCAUUAAAACUUUAUAGACUGCCCUCGCUUCCACUAGCUGUGAACCAGCCUUCCUGUCCCAGGACGUGCAACUACGUAGUAGCGAGACUGUGCACACUGAUGUUUACAAGGUUGAAAGAGUUGCUCAUCAAGAAUCAUCGUAAAGAAUACUCAGACUGAAACAAUCUACGAACUGCGCUUUCCAGGGAGCUGCACCUUUUAUGGUUUGCUUGCACAUCAGUGACUUCCACUGAAUGUGCUGUCAUAAUGAAGAGAUGUCUAAGAUUUUUUUUCUGAUUAGA